AAUCCCAUCCCCAAUUCCCCAUCGGCUGCUCCGCCAUGGCGUCGCCUCCUUCCGCCCUGCGCGUCGCCGUCCUCGCUUGCUCCCUCCUCGCCUGUGCUCUCGCCUACCGCCGUCCGCAACCAAGGGGCGCCCUCUUCGUCCCCCUCGCUGACGACGCCGACCGCCUCACUCCCCAGCAGGUCCAUGUAUCGCUAGUGGGGGAAGACAGAAUCAGGAUAACAUGGAUCACCGAGGACGACGGCCCAUCGGUGGUGGAAUACGGCAGCCAGUUUUCUCUCAAUGCCACCGGCUCUUCCGACACCUACUCCUACCUACUUUACCGCUCCGGCCAUAUUCAUGACGUCGUCACCGGCCUACUGAGUCCCAGCACGGUGUACGACUACCGAUUGGGCACGAACUCCGCUCGCAACUUUUCGUUGAAGACCCCACCGAAAUCCUUGCCCUUCGAGUUCGCCGUCGUCGGGGAUUUGGGUCAGACAGAGUGGACGGGCUCGACCCUGAACCAUUUGGCUGCGGCGGACUACGACGUGCUGCUGCUCCCCGGCGACCUCUCCUACGCCGACAUGGAGCAGCCGUUGUGGGACUCAUUCGGUCGGCUGGUGGAGCCGCUGGCGAGCUCCCGGCCGUGGAUGGUGACGCAGGGGAACCACGAGAUCGAGAGGAUCCCCCUCCUCCAACCGAAAAAGUUCGUCGCGUACGAGGCGCGAUGGCGCAUGCCGUACGACGCCGACCCAGCCACCUCCUCCGGCUCCAACCUCUUCUACUCCUUCGACGUCGCCGGCGGAGCCAUCCAUGUGAUCAUGCUCGGCUCCUACGCAGACUUCCACACAGGAACCCCGCAGCGGUCGUGGCUGGCUGCUGACCUCGCUAGGCUUGAGCGGCGGCGGCCGCAGUGGGUGGUGGCGGUGAUCCACGCGCCGUGGUACAACUCGAACGACGCGCACCGCGAGGAGGGCGAGGAGAUGCGGCAGGCGUUAGAGGCGAUGCUGUACGAGGCGCGGGUGGACGUGGUGUUCGCCGGGCACGUGCAUGCGUACGAGCGGUUCGAGCGCGUGUUCAAUGGCAGCUCCGACUUUUGCGGGCCGGUGCACAUCACCAUCGGCGACGGCGGGAACAGAGAGGGACUCGCGACCCAGUACCGGGACCCGCAGCCGGCGAUCUCGCUGUUCAGGGAGGCCAGCUUCGGGCACGGCCGAUUCAAGGUGGAGAACGCAACGCAUGCACUGUGGACGUGGCACCGGAACGACGACGACGUGGCGGUGACGGCGGACCAGGUGUGGAUCACCAGCUUGGCAUCUGAUCCGGCUUGUCAAAGGAAACGGUGAAAAAAAACCCAUCGAUCGACGAACAAAUUAAUGGGAUUGAAACAAACAAUUCCUUUAAUUGUUGAAAAAUCCAGUUUGAUCUGUUGUAGAUUCGCUCAGGAAUCUUAUUAACCUCAUCUUGAGGCGAUUAACUAGGCCGAUACCAUCGAUUAAGAUAUUACUGUAAAAUUCCAUUUAGAAUCUACCUAAUUGAAGAUUCAUCUACUA